AGCAAAAGUAUCAAUCAGUCCGGUGAAGUUGAUACCUUUACAAACAUAACAGAAGUGAAGCGAGCAACUCUGUGAGGCGUUACAGGAAAGGAAUGAAAGUUGAGGAAGGUGGAGGUUGAGAUUUUUGGGAUCGGAGAUCUAACCGGCGGUGGGACUCUGAAUCGGACCCCCAGGCUUCGCGUCCGUACUGAUUAACUUCAUCCAAUUUCAUCGCCGUUAAUGCUGAGGGCCAUAUGUAGUCCUUUGAGCUUCCUCAAAAUAUCAGAAGCAGUACUUCUCCCUUACGUUAAAUAGGACAACCAGGAGAACUGGAGAAAUAAGAGUUCAAAAGAAAGACAUGGAAGAUCCUCACCCUGCUGACAAUGAUGCUGGAAUAGUACGUUCCAAGACAGACGUCCGACCAGCUCAUGAUCAUUAUACAUUUCGAAUCAAGAAUUUCUCAUUACUGUUAGGGAUGAAGGAGGAAAAAUGUCACUCAGGACAGUUUGAAGUUGGGGGUUAUCAAUGGAGAUUGGUUCUCUACCCAAAUGGGAAUAAGAAAAGCAAUGGGAACGGUCACAUCUCUCUAUACUUGGCAAUAGCAGCUACGGAUGAUCUUCCACUUGGCUGGGAGGUUAACGCGAACAUAAGAUUCUUUGUGUUUGAUCAAAUCCGAGACAAGUACCUCACUAUUCAAAAUGCAAAUGGGAGAUUAAGAUGCUUUCAUAAACUGAUGACUGAAUGGGGAUUCGCCCAGUUACUUUCUCACAAUACUCUCAAUGAAUCAUCAAAUGGAUAUCUUGUUGAUGACACGUGUGUCUUUGGGGUGGAAGUUUUUGUCAUUAAAGGUACUUGUAGAGGGGAGACUUUGUCGAUGGUAAAUCAACCUCAGCCUAAUUAUUUCACUUGGAGGAUUGACGACUAUUCGGCCUUGAAAGAUGAAGUUUAUUUAUCUGAGCAAUUCAUUGUGGAAGGGCGAAGAUGGCAGUUGAGGCUCGAGCCGGAGGGAGGUGGAGCAGGAGCCAACAAAUACUUGUCUAUCUAUAUCUGUUUGAAUGAUUUAGAAAGUCGUCCUCCCAACAGAAAGUUGUACGCAAAAUACAAGGUACGAAUGAGGAACCAAAUCAAUAACAAUCAUCUCGAAAAGACAGCUGAGUACUGGUUCUCUGAUUCCGUGACUUACGGUUUCCCCAAGUUUUUGUCAAAGAGAGAUCUCCAAGAUACAUCAAAGGGCUACUUGAUUAAUGAUGGUUUGUUCAUUGAAUGCAAAAUUGAUGUCAUAUCCUCCUUUGAGCUUCCUCAAAAUAUCAGAAGCAGUUCUCCCUUACAUUACAUAGGACCGCCAGGAGAAAGAAGAGUUCAAAAGGAAGACAUGGAAGAUAAAACUUGCCAUCCUCUCCCUGCUGUCGACAAUGAUGCAAGUGGAAUCGUACAAUCCACUAGAGAUCACCCACCGACUCAUUAUUCAUUUCAAAUCAAGAAUUUCUCAUUACUGUUAGGGAUGGAGGAGGAAAAAUGUGACUCGGGCAACUUUGAAGUUGGCGGCUACCAAUGGAGAUUGGUACUUUACCCAAAUGGGAAAAAGAAUAGCAAUGGGAAUGGUCACAUCUCUCUAUACUUGGCAAUUGCACAUUCCAAUGAUCUUCCACUUGGCUGGGAGGUUAACGUGAACAUAAGAUUCUUUGUGUUUGAUCAAAUCCGAGACAAGUAUCUGAGUAUUCAAGAUGCAAAUGGGAGAGUAAGACGCUUUCAUAACUUGAAGACUGAAUGGGGAUUCGCCCAGUUACUUUCCCAUGAUACUCUCAAUGAUUCAUCAAAUGGUUAUCUUCUUGAUGACACUUGCGUCUUUGGGGUGGAAGUUUUUGUUAUUAAAAGUACUGGUAAAGGGGAGACUUUGUCGAUGAUUAAUCAACCUCAACGUAAUUAUUUUACUUGGAGGAUUGACAACUAUACGGACUUGAAAGGUGAAGCUUAUUUCUCUGAGCAUUUCACUGUUGAAGGACGAAGAUGGAAGUUGAAGCUCAAGCCAGAAGGAAGUGGAACAGGAGCAGACACAUGCUUGUCUCUCUAUCUCAGCUUAGGUGAUUCAGAAAUUUUUCCUCCCAACAGAAAAUUGUACGCAAAAUACAAGCUGCGAAUAAGGGACCAAGUCCAUGGCAAUCACCUUGAAAAGACAGUUGAGUACUGGUUCUCUGACCCCAGCGUCAGUUAUGGUUUCCACGAGUUUUUGUCAAAGACAGAUCUCCAGGACACAUCAAAGGGCUACUUGGUGGGUGAGGGUUUGUUCAUUGAAUGCAAAAUUGAUGUCAUAUCCGUAGUUAAUGAUUUCUCCUCAAAUUAAUAUUAUGUUUAAAUUGGAGAAACCGUCUUUGAAUUGUAACAAUAACAAAUUCUCUUCUGUCAUCUCAUUUUUCUUCUCUUUAAAAGGGUAUGUAAAGUUUUUAUAGGAUAUAAAUUCUGUUUGCAUAUGCUCAAAGUUGAAUUAUGUUCAAUCCA